UAAACACAAGAAGAACUCACAGUUUGAGCACUCAGUGCGAGCUGUUCGUGUUGUUUGUGUUUAUAUUUUCAUCAUGAGAGAGCUGAAGAAAGAGGUGACGUCACUGAAGACAGAGCUGAUGGAGAGAGAGGACAGGUUACAGGAGCUGGAAAAGGUUUCCUGUCAAUCUUCAGUGUGUGUGACUGAUGGGACCUCCACAGAAUGUCAGGAUUCAGUGUGGAGCGGCAGAGAUCAGUCCACACCACAGCGACUGCUGGACAAACUCUCUGAACAGAGAUCCAGAGACACACAGGACUCACAGCUCACUUUACUCUGUUCUACUGAUGGUAAUCAGGGUGAUCAAUCCUCCAUAAAGUCUCUGACUUCUGUCUGUAACACUGGAGAACAGCAGAUGCUGCAGAUACCAGUGAAGAUGUGUUCAGUGAAGCUGCUGGACUGCAGGAAUCAGAUGAAGAUGAGAGGAGAAAUCAAAGUAGAGGAACAACAGAGUGAUGAAGAUGAUGAUGAUGAUCAAACCUCCACAGAGUCUCUGACUUCUGUCUGUAAUGCUGGAGAACAGCAGAUGCUGCAGACACCAGUGAAAAUUGAAGUGAAGCUGGAGGAGAUAAAAGAAGAACACAGUGAUGAAGAUGAUUUUAUUCCUUCAGAGUCUCUGAUUUCUGUCUGUAACACUGGAGAACAGCAGAUGCUGCAGAUACCAGUGAAGAUUGAAGUGAAACUGGAGGAUAUAAAAGAAGAAAACACAGAAGAGGAACCACAGAGAGAUGAAGAUGAUGAUGAUUUUUUUCCUUCAGAGCUGAUGAAGGGGAUAAAGGAACGUCGAGAACUGAAAAAGCUGAAUAAAGAGGAGGAGAAACAUCAGUAUCAGAAACAUCAUGAUUUCAGAACUGGAGAAAAAUCUUUGAGUGGCUCGAAGACUAAAAAUAAUUUCUCACCAAAAAAGCAUCAACGAAGAACAGCCAAAGUUCCUAUCACCUGCUCUCAGUGUGGAAAGAGUUUCAUACAUAAAAGCAAGCUUAUCAUGCACAUGAGAGUUCACACAGGAGAGAGACCUUACACGUGCCAUCUGUGUGGGAAAAGUUUUCUUUAUAAAGAACAGCUUUAUGUACACAUGAAAAUUCACACAGGAGAGAGACCUUACAUGUGCCAUCAGUGUGGGAAAAGUUUCGUAUUUGCUUGGCAACUCAAAAAUCAUCUACUUGGUCACUCUGGAGAAAGACCAUUUAAAUGUGAUAAGUGUGGUAAAACGUUUGUUGUGGCACAGUAUCUGAAAAAUCAUCUGAAAAUACACACAAAUAAGAAGAUUUACAAGUGUACUUUUUGUGGAAAGAGUUAUUUACACCAGUCCUAUUUUAAAAAGCACCAGAAAAUUCAUACCGGUGUGAGGGCUCAUGUGUGCUUUGAAUGUGGAAAGACCUUUUUGACAGCUGGCACCUUGAAACAACACCAAAUAAUUCAUACUGGAGAAAAACCAUACAAGUGCUCAUACUGUGGAAAGAGUUUCGCUCUGUCACAAAACCUGAAAACACACGAGAGAAUUCAUACUGGAGAAAAACCUUUCAAGUGCUCACACUGUGGAAAGAGUUUCAUUCAGUCACAAGACCUGAAAAAACAUGGGAGAAUUCAUACUGGAGAAAAACCUUACAAGUGCUCACACUGUGGAAAGAGUUUCACUUGGUUACAUUGCAUGAAAACACACAAGCGAAUCCAUACUGGAGAAAAACCUUACAAGUGCUCACACUGUGGAAAGUGUUUCACUCAGUCAGAAACCUUGAAAAAACAUGUGAGAAUCCACACUGGAGAGAAAUCAUACCACUGUUCUUAAGGAAAAAAAUUUCAGCACAGCAAAUGAUCUACACGGACAUGUAAAAAAUAAUUGCCCAAGUAGUCACAAUGAACAAAAAUUAUUUCAGGGGCCGUAUUCACAAAAAAUCUUAAAGCUAAAUGUAGCUCAUAAUGCAGAAAUUUAGCACAGGUUUUGUAUUUCUUUUUUGAGCUUAUUGAUCGAAGGCCUCAUUGACCUGAGCUUACUGACCUCCAUUUUUGAGUGAAAAAAGCAUUAUUUGUGCAUAAUUUUGGCAAUAUUAAAUAAAAUAUGAAAACAUUCUA